AUGGCUGGCGCCAGCGGCGGAGGCGGCGCGGAGGCCAGCAGCUUUGGUGGCGCGGGCGCCAGCGACGGGCACAGCGACGGCGGCGCGGGCAUCGGCGGCGGCGGCACGGGUAGGGCAGUGGCGAGCGCGAGCCUGGGCGCAGGUGCUGAGGGCUCUGUCUCCAUUGAGGGGAUUAUGAAGUCAUCUGGGCAGUCUAUUAAGAGAAAGACAAUUGAUUUGAAAACUCUGUGGAGUAAAGCUGCAAAGUCAAAAAAGACAUCAGCUGAAAUCAAUUCAUCUUCUCCUUCCAUUCAAUUGCCUGUGCCUGACAAUGAGAUUGAGAUUGCUGCUAGCACGGAACCUGAUCUCCCAGUUCCAUUGUCCACAAUCAUUGAAAAUGAUGACAAUGACGAUGCAGUUCAUGAAGAGGCUGAAGAGAAUGAAGCGGGUCAAGUGGAUGACAGUAAUGAUGGAAUUUAUGAUGUUGAUUUGCUUCCGCGUGAUCCUGGGAAGAGGAUUCCAAUUGCAGAUUAUGAUAUCAAUGAUCAAGAUAGGGGAAAGCCAGUUGAGAGAUUUCUUGGUGUUGUCAAUGUUGAAGACACUACAUCUUUAACACUAAAAACUGCAAUUGGAAAUUUGCUUAUGGAUCAUCAGUUGAGCUUUUCGAUGGUCCGUGGGCAAGGAUAUGAUGGAGCUAGUAACAUGAAGGGUCACAUUAAUGGUUUGAAGAAACUUAUUAUGGAUGAGUCUCCUUCUGCUUAUUAUAUUCACUGCUUUGCUCAUCAACUUCAAUUAACUCUUGUUGCUGUUGCUAAGGAGAGUGGUGAUUGUCAAUGGUUUUUUCAACAACUUUUAUAUUUAUUAAAUGUUCUUGGGAAUUCUUGUAAGAAGAUAAGAAUGCUUCGAGUGGCUCAAGCCGAGUCUAUCAUUGAAUCAUUGGAAUUGGGUGAACUUGAAACCGAUCAGGGUUUGAAUCAAGAGAUGGGAUUGGGAAGACCAGGUGAUACAAGGUGGGGAUCUCACUAUAAAACUAUAUUGCAUAUUAUUGCUUUGUACCAACCAAUUCGGAAUGUUCUCAUCAAGAUUGGGGAAGACUAUAGUGGGACGGAGGCUAUAUCGGCUCAAACUAUGUUGACAUCAUUUGAGUCAUUUGAGUUUGUUUUCAUGUUGCAUUUGAUGGAAGAAAUAUUUGGGUACACAGAUGACUUAUGCAAUACUUUGCAAAAGAGGGAACAAGAUAUUGUUAAUGCUAUUUCUCUUGUUUAUACCACAAAGGAACAAUUGCAGUUAUUGCGGGAAGAUGAUGGAUGGGAUACUUUCUUUCAAGGUGUCAUUUCUUUUUGUGUGAAGCAUAAGAUCAAAAUUGCUGAUAUGGAUGGUCGCUACAAGCCGGUUGGAAGAUCUGCAAGGUUCUAUGGUAAAGUUACAAAUAAACACCGCUUUCAUGUUGAUAUGUUUUUGGGUGUCAUUGAUAGACAACUUCGAGAGCUUAAUGACCGGUUUGAUGAGGUGAACACAAAAUUACUUAUUUGCAUGGCAUCAUUCAAUCCUAUUGAUUCAUUUGCUGCAUUUGAUAAGGAGAAUUUGGUUAAGCUUGCUCAAUUUUAUCCUAAGGAUUUCACAAAGGAUGAAAUGUUGAAACUUCCCAAUCAACUAAGAAAUUAUAUCGCAGAUGUGCGAAGGGAUGAGAGGUUUAAAGAUGUGAAAAAUCUUGCCGAUCUUUCUAUUAAGCUUGUUGAAACAAAGAAGAGCGGCACUUUCAAAGUUGUUUACAAGCUUAUCAAAUUGGUGCUAAUUCUUCCUGUAGCGACAGCUAGUGUUGAGAGGGUGUUCUCUUCAAUGACUUAUGUGAAGAAUAAGCUAAGGAAUAAAAUGAGGAGUCAAUACAUGAAUGAUUGUUUGGUCACUUUUAUUGAGCGGGACUUCUUUUUGCAAGUUGAGGAUGAUGCCAUCAUAGUUGCAUUUCAAAAGAUGAAGAACCGUAAAGUUGAAUUGUAA